UGUCUGUCUGUUUUAAAUUCGGCUCUAUCCAUUCAUAGCUAUGCCUAAGAAAAUGGCAAUUAAGAAGUUUCGUGACCGAGAAUAUUUCCUGAGAUAGACAAAAGAAACCGAAUUUUCUCAAAAUCAUUUUUAUUUUUUCCUUACUUUAUUUGGAACGGGAUUUCAAAACAGGGCAACCUAAAGCUAAAACUUUCUUCAUUCUAUCAUUGCGCCUAUCGUUAGGAAGCAAGAAUUUAACGAAACCACAAAAAAAAACUGUAGGAUUAUACUCUAUUUUUUGGAAUAAAAAAAUAUUUUCUAAAUCCGAACCUGUUUGAGGCACGUGUCAUUUUAGAUUGUUGCUUGCAGUUGUCUAUUAUAACAUAAUUUUUUCGUAUUAAAUAGAUAAUUUUAUUGAUUCAGCUGGAAAAAGGAGUGUACGAGAAUAAAAAUGUUAUUUGUGACACAUUCUUAAUAGUUUCAAAACGCGCAGGUACCGAUUCGACUGCAAUUUCGUUGUUUUUUUAUAGAAGUGCUUUCCGCAGAAGAGCUAUUCCAUAGUUCAAGACGACAAAGAAGAGAUGGCGAUGAAAGAGUGGCCUUUGUGGGAAAAAGUGGUAGUGAUCUCGAUUAUUGUAAUAUUGUUUUUUGGAUUCCUAAUUUUCUUAGUAAUAUGGGUGGUAUUUCCUCUCGUUUUCAUGAAUUCUCUGUCGUUGCAGACGACUUUUAUGUUUUUCCCAGUGGAUCAACCGAAGCACCCCGAGUUCGAUCAGCCCGAAAAGUACGACAUAGACGGCGUGGUGAAUUUCCAUAUCCGCUUAGUUGACACGGACGGGAGCACGGAGGUAAGCAUCGGAACUUGGCUGAUAGUACCAGACGACGAAAAGGAGAAACAUGCUCUUAGGCCGCACGACAUCAGCACAGCUGCUAAGAUUAUACGAAAUACAGUCAAGCCGAUACUGAUAUAUAUGCACGGCGUAGCGUGCAACAGGAUUCUGCCCAACGAGGCAUACACGGUCGCCAGAAAGGAGUUUUUGGUUGUAGCUAUGGACCACAGAGGCUACGGUGAUUCCGGGCUGAACGUCCAAAUGUGCGAACAAGGCAUAGUUAGCGACACCAGACAGAUCUUCAAAUGGAUCAGAACGUUGACAUCGAACGAGAUUUUCUUCUGGGGACAUUCUAUGGGCACAGCUCUGAGCACGCACACCUUGAGAAAGCUGAAAGAGUUGGAUGGUAUGGUGCCUAGCGGUUUGAUUUUGGAGUCUGCUUUCACUACUAUGAGAGAGGAGAUCGUGAGCAAUCCGCUCGGUAAACUGUUUUCCUGGCUAAUGUACUUUAACUCAACUAUCUUGGACCCUCUAGAGAGAAAUGGAUUUCACUUUAAAACAACCGAAAACAUUUUAAGUGUCGACUGCCCGAUUAUGAUGUUGCAUUCCGAAGACGAUGACGUCAUUCCUUGGAGAUUGGGAUUUAAGUUAUAUCACGUGGCUAGGACUCGGAGAAACAAGGAAACCCAAGGUAGCGUGAGUUUCACGUUAUUCCCCGCUCUAGGAUAUUACCACGUUGGAAUUCCCAGAGACAAAAAAGUACCGCAAAUGUUACAGUGAGCUUUCAACAUCAAGCUUGUUUUAUCUCUAAUAAAAUCACGUGUUUUUCUAGGAAUUUCAUACAAAGAUGCCGGAUAGAAGACAAAAGGCGGGAUGGACAGCAUUAUAGUUUUUGAAGGAAAUAAGAGAUUCCUUUUUAUGAACAAACACACCUCUGUCUGUGAUUUCGUCUCAGUUGUAUUGUAUUUAUUUGCCUUGUUUUGUAUGCGGUUAUAUUUUCUCUUUUGUACAAUAAAGUAAGUUUUCAGGAAGCGUCUGUUUAAUAGACUAG